AUGGCGCCACGAAUCGAAUCAGAGGGCUUUCUGGUGAUUCUCUUCGACUUCAUCAAGCAACAUCCGCUGGGCAGCAUGUAUGCCCUCGUGGGGCUGGUCAUGGUUCUCAUCAUCUACUCGGUAUACCGCUAUGCAUUACCUCGAGUUGACUCCAGAGAACCUCCACUGGUAAACCCCCGCAUCCCUCUCAUCGGUCACAAUAUCGCCCUCAUCCGCGACGGCCCUGGGGCCUGGCUCAAGAUUCACAAGAAGCGCUCUCUCCCAAUCGUCACUCUUCCAGUCCUCGGCGGCACCGGCAAGAUAUACAUGACGACCAGCCCCAGCCUCAUCACCGCGAUGUUCGCCUCCCCGACGUUGCAGUUCACGCCGCUGCUGACGCCCAUAGUCAAGCCGUUUGUCCAGCUCGGUCCGCAGCAGGCAAGGGACUUCGAGUCCGGCAUGCUCCUGGGCUGGGUGCACUCGCUGCCGCGGAUGUUGUCUUCCGGUGGAGCAGGGCGGGAGGUGACGGCCGCUGCUCUCGAAGAUUUGCGUAAGCAGAUUGGCGGCGCUGUUGGAGAGACACAGGUGGGACGAGGUGAGAUUGAGGUUGCGGAUAUAGGGAUGUGGAUCAGAGACGUGGUUUCCCGCGCUCUGAUCAAGGGCCUGAUCGGUAACGUCCCGUGGGCCGAGGACAAGACUUUUAUCCAAGCCUUCUGGGACCUUGAAUGGGAACUCGACCACUUCUUGACCUCCCCCAUCCCAGCGUGGACCGUACCAAGGGCGUUCAAGGCAAGAACCCACGUGCUCGACGUGCUUGAGGCAUGGUUCACCUCCACCACCCCCACAACAACAACUCACAGUGAGGGAUUUGGCCCGGGAGUUCUGUCCCCAGUGGCAGUGAAGCUCCUCUCCGCAGCCGACCCCCUGACACACUGGACGCCCCGGGACCGCGCGACGCUGCUGCUGUUCCUGAUCCACGUCGCGCUGAGCAACGUCGUCCAGACCACCUGGUGGUUCUUUGCGCACGUAUACUCAGACGCAAAGCUCGUCGCUGCUCUGCAGGAUGAGGUCAAGGACGCGCUGGCUGCCACUAACACCACCGACACCACCGCCAACGCACUUGUAGAUCUCACCCAGUCCACUUCCCAGUCCUGCCCGCUCCUCCGCGCCAGCCUGCUCGAGACCCAGCGCGUCGUCACCAGCACCCCGAUCGUGCGGAGCGUGACCGCCGACACGAUCAUUUCCGACGGCAAGGGCGGGCGCGAGUACCUGCUGGAGAAGGGGGCGUUUGUGCUGGCGCCGCGGACGAUUGUGCACAACGAUGCGAAGCACUGGGGCGAGGACGCCGAGGAGUUUCAGCCUGAGCGGUUUCUCCCUCGUCAGCCUGCUGCUGCUGCUGCUACGACUACUACUUGUACUGUUGUGGGGAAUGGUGCGAAUGCUGAGAAAGGCCGCGAUGGUGUCGUACGGGGCACGUUCAUCCCGUUUGGCGGUGGCAGGGAGAUCUGUCCGGGCCGCUACGUGGCAACUUCCACAGUCUUGGCCAUGGUGGCCAUGCUCCUCACCACUGUCGACAUCAAAACGCGCAGAGAUGCUCCGGUCAAGGUGCCCGGGCCGGGAAAGCUGCAGCUGACGACGGUGGUAUGGCGGAUCCCCCGGGAGACGAGCUGGCGAGGGAGCAUCCAGUCGAGAAGGGGUUAA